AAAGAUAAGCAAUCCCAUCUAGAUUAUUUUUAAAGAAAACAUUCGUGAAGAUUUACAUACAUGUACUAAGUUAAAGGGAAGUUAAACACUGACUGUAUUGUUAUUAUACACGCAGAGACAGGAAACAAACUUAGAAUAAGUUUUUGCCCAAGGUUUACUAGUGAAUAACAACAUACAAAGCUUUACUCAGCUAUCUUCACUCUGCAGAGAAAUAUGUCUUUUGAUAUAUAAAGUACUUGAAUAUUCUGUAAGAAAUGAGUGGGAAUAGCCGUAGCAGAACGACAGAAACUAGAGAGCAAAUCACCUUCAGCAUCAUCAACAAUUUUACCAUUUUGAACACAACAGAAUUUAAAGUUACUACAACGUAUACUACACCAGUCAUCUCAAGCCAAGUGCGACUGAUCUUACUGUCGCUCUCGGUAGCAGUCGUUGUCUUCCUUACAAUCAUUUUUCUGUGUUGGCUCUUUUGUCGUCGGAGGAAGGAAGCGUUGACGGAGACAUACAACCACUACUCACAUGUUGAUCAAACGGAGUUUGUAGAUUUUCAACAAAUGAGUGACAUGAUUUUAACAGAAAACAUUGAAUACGAGAUGGUGACGUUACCUGUAUCGGAUGUAGCUAAUUCUGAGAAUGUAGAUUCGGGAUUUCAUCAAACAGACGACAAAAUAGGCAAUUUGGUCGCAAUGGACAAGUUUCAAAAGGAAAGGAUACAUUUAAAUGGUCCCCAGUUUUCUGAACCCAAAGGACCCCUUUCAUUGAAUAGGGGUGACGAUUUUAAUAUAAAAACACCACCUUUAGAUGUUCAUAAAAACUUCGAAUUUUCUUCCAAGGAAAAUGCAAAUGAUGAUAACUAUUUUACAUUGGAGCCAGUGAAUGUAAAUGUUAAGGAGAAAUCUAAUGGACAAGUGGAUGGACAAAACUAUUUUACAAUAGAACCCUCACAAAAAUAGUGUAUUUUAUACUUUUCAGGAUUAAAGAUCAGUUUUCAUAACCUU